UAUUUUCUCAUUAAUCAAAUUCAUGAGAAAAUUUAGAGAGAGAUAAUCAAUUUAAAAAAGGCUAAUUAUAUAAAUAUCUAGAUAAUACAAAGAAUCAAGCUUAUCCAAGUCAAUUGAGAUUCAGUGAUCAACACAGCUAAGAAGAUGAUGCUCAUGGCUCUCAUGAAACAUAUUGAGAAACUGCCAAAAUUGAUGAUUGUGCUUCUUAGUUUGUUAGCAUUUUGUUAUGUCGAGGCCCAAGCAACUGUUCAGCUGACUAAUGGCAGGUGCUCAUUCAACUUACCACAGACCUCAGCUGAGCAGGGGGGUUGUGACAGUCACAAAAUCACACAGCUCAUUGAAAGCCUUAAAUCCAGGGUGGAUGCGCUGGAAUCAGACAAAUGGCGUCUGGUUUUCAAGGCGGUGGCAGGUGCAGGUGGUGACAUCUUUCAGCUUUGGAACUCCAACCAAGCUUUGAACGAGGAAAACCCCCAAGCCAAACAGCUGAAUGAUAAUUUGAAAGCACACUACAAGUCCUCUGCAGUCAACAACUGGACAAGUCAAAAUAUCAAAUAUGUAAGUGGGCCAUUACUUCAUUACUGACAUGUUGCUGGGGACCCUACUCCGAGCCAUCCAAAAAUGUCAAAUGGUUGACCCCCCCUCCCCUUCACUGAUAGUUGGACUGAUAUCUUUU